GGAGCUCGGCCCCUCUCUUUCUGCCUGCAGUAAGACGUAGUGUUAACAUCGGAGGGAGGAGCUACCAUAACAGUCAAUGCUGCAACAUACUCGCGUACAGUUACACUCGCGUAGUUAGCUGGUUAGCAUUGGGCUUAACGCUAAAUAUCUGUUAGUUUAUAAUAGUCAGUAAAAAUGAGCGAUAACGACAAACGUCGGGGGUCUCGCUCUGCAUCCAGGAGUGCGAGUCCACAGGGCUCAGGGAAGUCUGCGAGCCGCUCCCCGGCUCGCUCUCCUGGUUCCCGGUCCAGGUCUAAAUCUGGGUCCCAUUCCUACCGUGGCUCACGCAGACACUACAGCCGAUCUCGCUCACGUUCAAGGUCCUAUCAUCGCCGAUCUCGCAGUAGGUCCUACAGUGGAGAGCGCAGACGAAGAAGCCAUAGCCGCUCACCCAUGUCCAAUCGCCGUAGGCACAUUGGCAACCGUGCGAAUCCAGAUCCAAACUGCUGCCUGGGAGUGUUUGGCCUGAGCUUGUACACCACAGAGAGGGAUCUGAGGGAUGUCUUCUCUAAAUACGGGCCCCUGGCGGAUGUCAGUAUUGUGUAUGACCAGCAGUCGAGGCGCUCCAGGGGCUUUGCUUUUGUUUACUUUGAAAACACAGAUGACGCUAAUGAGGCAAAGGAACGAGCCAAUGGCAUGGAGCUGGAUGGUCGCAGGAUCAGGGUGGAUUUUUCCAUCACAAAAAGACCUCACACCCCAACUCCUGGAAUCUACAUGGGCCGGCCCACAUAUGGUGGAGGUGGUCCCAGCGGCCCUCGACGCUAUUCACGUGACUAUGACCGUGGGUAUGAUCGUGGAUACGACAGAGGCGGCUACGAUCGCUAUGACGACAGGGACUACUACAGAUCAUACAGAAGGCGAUCUCCAUCACCAUACUACAGAGGGGCUUACAGGUCUCGGUCCAGAUCACGGUCUUAUUCUCCCCGUCGCUAUUGAAACCUCCUCUUCCCAGUCACCGACAUGAAAAGUUUGAUUGGUAUGACUGAUAACAAAGUACCCUUUUUUUUUUUUUUUUUUUUGGUAAUGUGAGCAUCACACUUUUGAUGUAAAAGACCAUUAAAUAUGAGUCAAGGUGUCCAGAUGUUUUUAAUGUUAAUUAUAUAGGCAACACCUGGCAUAAAUGUUCUAUUAAUGUUUUGAUCUUGUAAAAUUACUGAGUGGAUUAAAAGGGCCGUGCAUUUCUUCCA